CUCAUCCAGGAAGGAUGCAAUCAGAGAGGAGCAUCCAGAACUUGGGCAGCAGAUUCAGGCAAAUCCCCUUUGUGUACGAUGUCAAGCGAAAUGUGUACAAUGAGGAGAAUUUCCAGCAGGAGCACAGGAGGAAGGCUGCCACUUCCGGAAAUGUGGACAUCAAUGUCACCACCUUCAAGCAUCAUGUCCAGUGCCGCUGCUCAUGGCACAAGUUCCUGCGAUGCAUGCUUACGGUCUUUCCCUUCCUGGAGUGGAUGUGUUUGUACCGGUUCAAGGACUGGCUUCUGGGAGACUUACUUGCUGGUUUGAGUGUUGGUCUUGUUCAAGUUCCCCAAGGCCUGACACUCAGCUUGCUGACAAGGCAGCUGAUCCCUCCUCUCAACGUCACGUACGCUGCCUUCUGCUCUUCAGUCAUUUAUGUGAUAUUUGGAUCAUGUCAUCAAAUGUCCAUCGGCCCCUUCUUCCUUGUGAGCGCUCUGUUGAUCAAUGUCCUGAAAGACAGGCCAUUCAACAAUGGUCAUCUGAUCCUGGGAACGUUUGUCAAGGACGACUUUUCUCAGCCGACCUUCUACGUGAACUAUAAUGGGUCCCUAAGUGUAGUGGCAAGCAUGACGUUCCUGACUGGAGUUAUUCAGCUGUCAAUGGGUAUGAUGGGGAUGGGCUUUGUGGCCACAUACCUGCCGGAGGCUGCCAUCAGUGCUUACCUGGCUGCGGUGGCUCUGCACAUCAUAUUGGCCCAGAUGACGUGUGUCUUUGGGAUUAUGAUCAGUUUCCAUGCUGGUCCCAUCUCCUUCUUCUAUAACAUAAUCAACUAUUGCAUAGCUCUCCCCAAAGCCAACUCCACCAGCAUCCUGCUGUUCCUCACCGCUGUGGUGGCUCUCAGGAUCAACAAAUGCAUCCGUAUCUCUUUCAACCGGUACCCCAUCGAGUUCCCCAUGGAGCUGUUCCUGAUUCUUGGCUUCUCCAUACUCACAAACAAGAUAAGCAUGGCUACAGAAAGCAGCAAGAUGUUGGUUAACAUGAUCCCUUAUAGCUUCGUGUUCCCGGAGACUCCAGACUUCGGCAUUCUUCCCACUAUUAUUUUACAAGCCAUAUCUUUAUCUUUAGUGAGCUCCUUUUUGAUCGUAUCUCUGGGCAAGAAGAUUGCCAACUUGCACAACUACAGAAUCAAUUCCAACCAGGAUUUGAUAGCCAUCGGCCUUUGCAACGUGGUCAGCUCCUUUUUCAGAUGUUGUGUGUUUACCGGUGCCAUGGCCAGGACUAUUAUCCAAGACAAAUCUGGAGGAAGACAGCAGUUUGCAUCUCUGGUAGGCGCAGGUGUGAUGGUGCUCCUGAUGGUGAAGAUGGGAAGCUUCUUCCACAAUAUGCCCAACGCAGUGCUGGCAGGGAUCGUCUUGAGCAAUGUGAUACCCUACCUUCAAACCAUUUACAACUUGCCCAAUCUGUGGAGGCAGGAUCAGUAUGACUGUGUUGUUUGGAUGGUGACGUUCUCCUCCGUGAUCUUUCUGGGACUAGACGUUGGACUCCUUAUCUCACUAGCGUUUGCUUUCUUCAUCAUCACUGUCCGCUCGCACAGAACGAAGAUCCUCGUCUUGGGUCAGAUCCCCAAUACCAACAUUUACAGAAACGUCAACGACUACCGGGAGGUGCUGCUCAUCCCCGGGGUGAAAAUCUUGCAGUGUUGCAACUCCAUCACGUUUGUCAAUGUGUACAGUCUAAAGCACAAGUUGCUGAAAGAGGUCAGUAUGGUAAAGAUACCUCUUAAGGAAGAAGAAAUUUUCACCCUGUUUAAUGAAAGUUACACCAGCUUAUCGGAAAACAAAAUUUGUCGGUGCUUCUGUGACUGUGAAGAGCUGGAGCCGGAGACCAGGAUUGUCUACAUAGAGCGAUUCGAAAACAAACAGGAGCAUGACCAAUCGUCCGUCAACCUGAUCCGAUGCUCCUAUCUGGGCAAUGGGACCAUGACUGAAGAAAGCACAUCCGAGGAACAGGUCCCCCACACAGUGUCUUCAACAUCGCAAAAAAAUCUAGGGCAGAGCUACGAGGACACGGACAAAAUCUGGCUGUCCAGCAACCCCUCAAGAAACAGUUCCCUCCCACCGCCUGAAGGCUCCGAAAGCUUAGCACAGAGUAGAUCCAGGUCCAUCAUCAUCCCUUACUCAGACACGAGUAUGGCACCCAGCAUCCACACCAUCAUUCUGGAUUUCUCCAUGGUGCACUAUGUAGAUAACGAGGCUUCAGUUGUACUAAGGCAGAUGUGUAAUGCUUUCUACAAUGCCAACAUCUUGGUGCUCAUCUCAGGCUGUCACACCUCUGUGGUCAAGUCAUUUGAGAAGAACGAUUUCUUUGAUGAAGGCAUUAGGAAGGCCCAGCUCUUCCUCAGCCUCCACGACGCCGUGCUGUUCGCCUUAUCAAGGAAGAUGCCUGAGCCCUCAGAGUUAAGCAUGGAUGCAACUGAUACAGUGAUACAGGAAAACUACUCAGAGUCAGACAAGAACGGCAACCUGAGCAAUCUAAGACAUAAAACCGGUAGUAGCAUCAUAGAAGCUCCCCAGCGUACAAGUCAAAACUACAUCAAUAUCCACAAGCCCAUUAAGGAUGACUUGGAGUUUGACCUGGACCUGGAUGCCAUGCUGAAUUCUGAAAAGAACAGUGGGCUGGGUCUCAACCCAAACCUGAACCUGGACUUGGACCAGGAGUCAGAGCUGGAACCUGAGUCUGAGUUGGAGUCUGAGAUCCAAGCCAAAUCUGAUCUGGAGAUAGACACAGAGUUUGACACAGAUGCCCAGACAGAGCCAGAGACAGAAGAAGAGCCAGAGCUGGUGUCAGAGAGAGAGAGGAGGCCCCAGCCGAGGACAAGGUCUCACAGCCCCUGGCGGAACUACUUCACCGCCUAUCGCUUUGGGUCUUCCCCCUCCCAGUCUCAGGUUCCACCUCAUUCACGUUCGUCGGAGAAGAAACAGACACAUGGUCAUCCAAACUCGCCCCAGUUCGAUGAAGACACUUGGUAGGUGAACUGGAAAUAGAUAGCAGGCAGAUUAUCUUGGCAAAUUCUCCCUGUCCAAAAGGCAUCUCUUGGGCGUGAGACCUAGACUGGGUACCAGCCAUCCGUCCUGGCUCUGUGACCCUCCACCUGCUGACUUCCUUCUUACUGGGUGCUGGACUCGCAGGCUGCAUGACUCCAGGUUGACAGUUGUCUCCGCAGCCUGUCUGCAGGCGUCACCCCCAGCAGGCUUCCGGUGUUUGGCUCCCUGCACAUACUCCACGCCUCUGGGAGCUGGGCCAGAUUGUCGCUGACCAGCUCCUCUCCUCUCUGCUCCCUUCUCUUCAAAGAAAUGAGGCUCAAAUAAAAUAUGUGACUCUACUUAACAUUCA